UUAAUGUUUGAUAUACAACCACUGAUAUAGAUAGAAAGUGGCUCAUUUUAGCCUCUUUACCUCAGUGGCUCUUAGAGGAGAACAUUCUGAACCCAGCUGGUAGCUGAUUUUUCUAUUUUUUUUUUCAUUUUUUCAUCACACCAGAUCUGUUCAUCUUGAUCAGCUGACUGCUCUGAAUUAGCUUUUUCAACUCAGGGUUGUUUGUUGGUUUUUCUGAGAGCAUCAUGGCUAAAGUGAUGAGCUGUUUGAACUGGGUUUGGUACCACAGAAACUACAUCAUCAUCUUCCUCACUCCGCUCCUACUUCUUGCUCUGCCGCUCUAUUUUUCUGGCUCCUCGGAGGCGAGAUGUGGUUAUGCAAUCAUCCUCAUGGCUGUGUACUGGUGCACAGAGUGUAUGCCGCUGGCUGUGACUGCUCUGCUGCCCGUCAUCCUCUUCCCCAUGAUGGGCAUCAUGGAAGCUGGAGAUGUCAGUAUUGAGUAUCUGAAGGACUCCAACAUGCUGUUCAUAGGCGGCCUGCUGGUGGCCAUCGCCGUGGAGCACUGGAACCUUCACAAGCGCAUCGCUCUCCGAGUUUUGCUGCUGGUUGGUGUUCGUCCCGCCCUGUUAAUGAUGGGCUUCAUGAUCGUCUCGGCCUUCUUGUCCAUGUGGAUCAGCAACACCGCCACCACUGCCAUGAUGCUGCCCAUCGCCCACGCUGUUCUCCAGCAGCUGAGAGCCACGGAGGUCCAGGCAGACGAAAGAGACUUCCAGGCUGCAGCUCAGGACAACCCUGCAUUUGAGCUCGAGAUUAGAGAAACUAAGCCACAAAUGACAGAUGAGAAAAGGCCAGACAUGGAGCUUCAGCCGGUAGACGGAGUCUAUGUACUGCAGUGUAGUCCAGAGAUGCAGCAGGAUGCCAGGAGAAGAGCAACAGAGGCGAAGUACGACCUCCUGACCAAAGGGAUGAGUCUGAGUGUGUGUUACUCUGCCAGCAUCGGAGGGACGGCGACGCUCACCGGCACCACACCCAACCUCAUCCUCAAGGGUCAAAUGGACGAAAUCUACCCUGGCAACGGGGGUGUGAUCAACUUUGCAAGCUGGUUUGCCUUUGCUUUUCCCAACAUGCUGCUGAUGCUGGUGCUCACUUGGAUCUGGCUUCAGUUUAUGUUCCUGGGCUUCAACCUGAAGAAGUCAUUCGGCUGUGGCGUGAAGACCGACAGAGAUAAGGAGGCGUACACGGUGAUGAAGGAAGAGUACGCUAAGUUGGGUCCCAUGAAGUUUGCUGAAGUGGCGGUGCUCAUCAUCUUCGUCCUGCUCGUGCUGCUGUGGUUCACCAGGGAGCCGGGCUUCAUAGACGGCUGGGCAACGGUGCUCUUCAAUAAGGGCGGCGACUUUGUGUCAGACGGAACGGUCGCCAUCUUCAUGUCGAUGCUCUUCUUCGUCAUCCCAUCCCAGCUGCCACGGUUUAGGGGUGGUUACGGUGUCAACGAGAAAGGUAAGCCGGUGAAGGCUCCUCCGGCUCUGCUGAACUGGGAGGUGGUCCACGAGCGAAUGCCCUGGAACAUCAUCCUGCUGCUGGGAGGAGGCUUCGCUCUGGCUGCCGGCAGCGAGGCGUCCGGUUUGUCCACGUGGUUGGGAGAACGCUUGGCACCUCUGCAGAAAAUCCCUCCCUUUGCCAUCUCAUUGCUGCUCUGCUUGCUCGUCGCGACGUUCACCGAGUGCUCCAGCAACACGGCCACCACCACCCUGUUCCUGCCCAUACUGGCCUCAAUGGCCACAGCCAUUAAAAUACACCCUCUUUAUGUGAUGCUGCCCUGCACCAUCGCUGCCUCUCUUGCCUUCAUGCUACCGGUGGCCACGCCUCCCAACGCCAUCGCCUUCUCCUUUGGAAACCUCAAAGUCAUAGACAUGGUCAAAGCUGGCUUUAUGCUGAACAUCAUUGGGAUCCUGUGCAUUAAUUUAGGCAUCAACACCUGGGGAUACGCCAUGUUUGGGAUGGGAACGUUCCCUGAGUGGGCAAACAGUACUAGCAGCAAACCCUGAGGACAAGCUAGAUGAGGAGAAGGAAUGAAUGAAGGAGAGGUGGAUUUUUUUUCUUUUUAUUUUAGAACCUCAGAUAUUCUGCCUCAUCAGGACAGUGUAGUGUGGUCUGAUCGGAUUUGAUUAUUAUCAAGGAAACGAUAUCACACUUAUCUGACUGACAAACCGCGACAAACCAGUGACAAAAGCUCAGAGCAAAGCCAAUGCAGAAAUCACCCAAACUUCUCUGACUUUGACAGGAAACAGUUUUUUCUUGUGGGAUUCCGUCACACAAAGUAAGAAGCUGAAGUAGCAAACAAAGUUUUCAGGGCUUUUGAGGGAAGGAGGAGAAGCCUUUUGAGUUUCAAUAGCUGUAGCAAAAGCUUUCAGUGUUAAAGGAGGAGAAGAGGAGGAAAAUUAAGGUGUAAAUGUGAUAAAGAAAAUAGAGUUAAGCAUGAUUCUGGUUUAAAAUCAAAUCAAAACAAAGAUGCUCCUUAGUAGGAGAGUAAUGAAGUGUUGUUUUAAAGUGACUCCUGCACAUAGUUUAACUUAAAAAACAUUUGUGUUUUAGUGGUGGACCUUCAUCUGACAGAACUGCCUCAUGGUAAAUUAAGACAAAAUGAUCGAGGUCUAGCAACAAAUAAAUGUGUUUUUGCAUUUUAGACAGCAUGCAGGAGUCUGUCUGAAACUUUUUAUGUAAAAUAACCAUUUAGACACAGCAACACAUGCUAUGAACUGCUGUUUUAUCAUCAAAUCUAUAUUACUAUGACCCUUGGUCAAAAAUAAUAGGAUUAUGAUUAACAGCUGCAGUUGAGAUAAGCUGUUUAUUAUCUUUCUUGCUAAACAGACUCUCCCUUGUCACUGUUCAGAACUUCCUCGUGUGAUUAAUGUGAGAGAACAAAAGGGAAAUUAUGUGUUUAAGGCAAAAAAUUGAGGUCACUUCCUCGUGCACAUUUCCCUGAAUGUGUAGCCAUCUCAUCGAUAUAUUUAUCAUUUACAGAUGACGUGAUUAUUCUAAAUGAUUCUUCGGAAUGAUGAUGCGUUUACAUCCAAAAUGUAAAUGAUGUGAUUUCAUUGUGUCAGUUAAUUUAACUUAUUACUGUCUUCCUUUUAUUGGACUUCAAGUAUUUGUUUUGUGUUGCAUAUUUAAUUUUUUUUAAAUCAGUGUUUUAGACACUGUUAUUAUCAGGAACAAGCAUUAAGUUUAUAUAUCUUAUUUUAAUUUGUAAACACUAUGGUGGCAGACUUUAGGGGAUCAUCUGAACACCUAUAACAGAUUUUUUUAAAAAUACACUUUUUCCGUGCUGUAAUCAAUAAAUCAAUAAAACUACAACCCAAAGACUGGAAAUGGAGCUUUGAAGUCACAAAAAUCCACCUAACAACAGCUUUAAAUAUAAUUAGUUAUCAUGAUACAGCUUGUUUGCGAAAAAUGUGAAAAUAUUAUGCACCAGCUUAUGUCUUGGCUGAUAUUUCAUCGCUCAGCCAGGAAGUAGCUGAGAAUAAACUCCCCUCAAACCACAAUUUGUAAUUUUCUUGCUUCUGCAUAUGUAAAAAAAUGACAUAUAACAGGUUAAUUAGUGAACUUUACAGCCGAAAUAAACUCGCUGUUUUUCCAUUUCCAGUCUUCAUGUUGACCUAAUUUGCUUCUGCAAAAAAAACAAAACAAAAAACACUCCUUUGGCACAUCCAUUCCAGGUAUUAGGGGGACAUUGAAAAAUGCCUUUUAACACAGAGGAAGAUCAAACACUGAAAUUGCUCAAAUCAAUAGCAGGAAGGUGUUACUUAAAUUGUGUAGCGUGAGUGCAGAUGAAACAGUUGGUUGAAGGAUAACUGCGAGAUAAGAGGCUGCCAAUGGGAAGCGACUGUAGUGAAGGUCAGUUUCUAUCAUGUUUAUUAGGACUGAACGUGAUAAACUGACAGAGACAGAACAUCCCAGCAGGGUAAUGUGUGUUUUUUUGUUCUCCACAUUACAUGUGAUAUAUGAGCCAUUUGUAUUCUGAAAAUAAAGACAUCACCAUGUGAACAAA